AUGAAUCUCACGUGUAAUUCCACCCUCGAGGAUAUGAGGAUCCUCCCCGGCUCCGAAAUCCUCAUCGCCGGCCCGUUGACCUUCCAUGACCUGGCUCUCAUUAUCGCCGGUUCCUGUACCAUCAUCGCCAUCUGCCUGUCCCUCUACCUCGUUUUCAUGCACGCAAACAAUUACACGAAACCCCGCGAGCAGCGCCAGAUCAUCCGUAUCCUCUUCAUGGUCCCCGUCUAUGCCGCUUCCUCCUUCCUCCAGCUCUAUUACUACUGGCAUGCCGUCUACUUCCAGGUCAUGAGCGAUUGCUACGAGGCCUUUGCCAUCGCCUCCUUCUUCGCCCUCAUGUGCCACUACCUCGCACCGGACCUGCAUACUCAGAAAGACUACUUCCGUAAUCUGCAUCCCAUCAAGCCCUGGGUCUGGCCCGUGAACUGGUUCGCAAAGUGCUGCGGCGGCGAGAGGGGGCCCUGGCGCACUCCCAAAAGCGGUCUGACCUGGUUCAACAUCAAUUGGAUCGGCAUCUACCACUAUGUCUUUGUGCGCGUUGCAAUGACCCUUACUGCGGUUGUGACGCAAUAUUUCCACCGCUAUUGCGAAAGCUCCAACAACCCCGUCUUCGCCCACGUCUGGGUAAUCUCCAUCAAUUGUUUGGCCGUGACGAUUGCCAUGUACUGUGUCAUUCAGUUUUACGUCCAGCUGCGUGAGCCCCUGGCGCCGCACUCGCCAUUCCUCAAGGUUCUCGCUAUUAAGCUGGUUGUCUUCUUCUCCUUCUGGCAGGUGACUUGCAUCUCCCUCGCCACAUCUACCCUCGACCUCGUCCACCCGAACAAAGUCCUCGCCUACCCCGACAUCAAGGUCGGCAUCCCCGCCCUGCUAUUGUGCGUUGAGAUGGCACUCUUUGCGCUUUUGCAUCUUUGGGCGUUCCCUUGGAGGCCGUACGCCCCUGGCGCGAAGCCAACCUACUACCCUAACCCCGAUGCGCGCGACAUUAACGCUCCUUUGCGGGAAAAUGAGCACUCGGCUCCGUCCGGCGGCUGGCUCGGCCUGCGCGCCGUCGGUGACGCUCUCAACCUAUGGGACUUUGUGAAGGCCUUUGGUCGCGGAAUGCGCUGGCUCUUCUGUGGUGUCAAGCGCCGCAAGGAGGAUCGAAGCUACAAGACCGCCGCCAGUUUGGAUAUGGACGACCUCGAUAAGGGCGAUACGGCCUACCGCGCGGAUGGCGCCAAGAGCACCGACCAUCUUCCUAUCGCCCAUGAGUUCCGCCGCAGCACUUACCUCCAGCCUUCAAGGCCUCCCCCGCGACCAUCCCGCACCGAUAAUGAGAGCGACAGCCUCAUCGCCAACGCUCAGCCCCACGCCUCCGAAAUGUCGCCUCCCCGCCGCCCAGCGCGACCCCUAUCUCCCUUGUCGCCAAUUUCGCCCUACGAAGACAAGGACUUCGAGGCAACUGGCAUGGCGCCUGCGUAUCGUCCAAGGAGGGACCCGGACGCUGAGUGGGAGAGGACGGCUCUGGCGCCAAGUCCUGGAAUUCAGGGGCCUCGAGACCUGACGCAGCAGAGAGUCGGCGACGCCCUUUGGGGAUCACGUAGCCCUGGGCCCGAAAGCCCUGUGCAUCCGAUUAGUGGCGAAGUGCAUCCGGCGUUUAGGAACGAAAAUGGGGGAUAUAACGGCAACGCGGGACCCGGCCAGGCGUUUUGA